AUUGUUCUUUCAUGUAUACUAUCCUGAUUAAAGAAUUUAAAAACUUUUUACGACAACCAGAACUAGGCUUGGCUCCGACGAUGGCUGAAAAAUCCUCUGUUCGCAGAAAGAGUUAAGCAAAAAAAUCAUUUAUUGCGGAGGUCACGCGAUAUUUCCUUAGAAUAUGUCUCUAUUACCAGCCCUUGAAGAAACUGAGAAGAGUGCAGGGCAUGGCUGGAAUACUUCAAAUAGAUUUGGCAUGGAUACACCAUCAGGUGGAGGGAAACAGUUUGAUUACCAUCACUUAAUUAGUCAAAAUAACACAGGAGAUGUGCCAGAUGCUCUUGUAGAGGAAGAGGUGAUUCUAGAAAACAAUGUUCAAGGGGAGGAGCAGGGGCAGCAACAACAACAACAACAGUUAGCACUUCAACAACAGCAGCAGCAACAAAGUUUGAUUGUGAAACAGCAACAACAAUCACAACAAAAGUCACAGCAACAGCAGCAACACUUAACCCAGCAGCAACAGUAUUUGCAACAGAAACAGACCAUGUUGCAGAACCAGAAAAGAGGCAUACAACAGGCACAGAACAGGAAGCAACCUGCUCAACAGAAAAUGUUGUACACGGUCGUCCAUUCAGGGAAUCAGCAUCAGCAGCAGGUAUUGGUAUCGAACAAAUCUGUACGCCAGCCUGGACCUCAGCAGGCGGGACAAAGUAUCUUGAUUCAGCAAGGGCAAAACAGGCCUGUAGGAGUCCAGCAACAGUCUUUGCUAAACAGCAGUUGUAGUGCUUCAGAGGAAGAAAUUAAUCAAAAACUGUUACAGACUCAGAAAGAAAUCGAGGAAAAUGAUAAAAAACUGGUCUCGCUAGGGCUUCAGCCUCACAUGUCGCCGCCAGUGAUUUCCACACAGUCUGAGUUUAAUUCACAGCAACAGAUAUUGAAUAAUUGUGAUUAUCUCGGAUCAAUAAGUGCUCAGAGUCCUGCAGGUCAGCUUGACACUGGAGGUAGAAUUCGCCAGAUUUUAACACAGCCACAGGGUUCAACAACUCAAAGGAAAGUGGAUAUUAAUUUUCCGGACAGUAAUGGUGGUUAUCCGGCGAAUACGAAUCAAAGAAUAGCACAAGGUGUACAGGGUCAUCAAAAAACUCAAGUGAUAACGGUCUCUGGCCGUGGCCUAGCUCUCAAAUAUUUCUCAUCCCAACAAAGAACUCCAAUAAAGCAAAGUGUUAUGCAGAUACCGGUGCAAGGAAAUCAAACUACCUCUACCUCGUACAAAGUCCGGUACAAAGUCAGUCUGUAG